ACCUGAAAUUCUUGAAAUCUGGCUGGAGGAGUCUGCCGAAGACUUUCGUCAAGUUCCAACUUACUCUUGUCUCCGGAAGGUACUUUGCUACUUGAACCAGACAGUGCCGGGGUCAGAUGCUGAACAUCGGGCCCAGAAACUCCUGAGUCGGUUUUUGGCGGAGGAAACAGCGGAGAAAGAGAUGUUCAAAGGCUACCGUAGAAGAGUUAGAUUCUAUAUUGGAGAAGAACACGACCAAACCAUCGAACAAGUUGACGAAAAGCUCCUGUCCUACCCAUCACGCUUCAUUGCAGAGCAGCUGACUUUUAUGGAUGCUGAUCUUUUUCGGAAACUUGUGCCCAGCCAAUGUUUAGGGUCCAUCUGGUCUCAACGAGGGAAGGAAGAAAAACAGCAUCUGGUAUCAACCGUCCAGGCCACCAUUACACAGUUCAAUAAUGUUACAAAAUGUGUCACCAGCACCAUAUUAAGACCUCAACAGCUGAAACCACGGCAGAGGGCUAAAAUCAUUGAGAAAUGGAUUGAUGUUGCCCAGGAAUGUAUGAUUUUGCAGAAUUUCUCGUCAGUGCAUGCAAUUUCUACGGCAUUGCAAUUGAAUAGUGUGUUCAAUUUGAAGAAGACUUGGGCAGCCGUGUCAAAGAGCAGUAAGACAACAUUUGAAGACCUUUCAAAUAAUGAAGAAGAUAACUUUAUAGCAAGUAGAGAGCUGCUAAUGGAGGAUAUCGUUCAGGGAAUUGUGCCGUACCUGGGAACUUUCUUAACAGAAUUUUCAGCGCUGGAUUCGGCUUUCCCGAAUUGCCAUUCAAAUGGCUUGAUCAACUUUGACAAGAGACAAAAACUCCUCUGAACUCGAGAAACCGCCAAAGCCCAAAAAGAGUGUGUUUAAACACCUCAGCUGCCUGUUUUCAAAGAGAGGUGUUAAAAUACACAACACUCAAACUAAAAGCUCUGAGCAGCGAGCAUC